CAAGUCUCACGGCCAAAUGAAGACACGCUUAUCUUUGUCAUUUGUGUUCCCUAUUUCAACCGCACAUGGCAGUUGGCGCACAGAGCCGCGCCCCCACGCACCUCACUCACUGCAACAAUGGUGUCUCCAUCAACUUUUCUUCCUUUUUUCCUCUUCAUUUUCCUCCAUUUCACUUCUUCUUUUUCCAAUUUUGCCCCUCCCUCGCUCCUCCUCCGCCCCGAAGAAAAAUCCUCCAUCGACGAUUCCGGCCAAAAUCGCCUCUACCGAACCAACUACUUCACUCAGAUCCUCGAUCACUUCAACUUCAAUCCCCAAAGCUACCACACGUUUCAGCAGAGGUACCUCAUCAACGACACCUAUUGGGGCGGCGCCGCCGAGAACGCUCCGAUCUUCGUUUACACCGGCAACGAAGGCAAUAUCGAGUGGUUCGCGCAGAACACUGGUUUAAUUCUUGAAUCCGCGCCGCGUUUCCGAGCUCUCGUCGUUUUCAUCGAGCAUAGGUUUUACGGGAAAUCGAUUCCGUUUGGGGGAGACGAAGAUGUGGCCAAUCGUAAUUCGAGUACGCUUGGAUUUUUAAGCUCCACGCAGGCGUUGGCGGAUUAUGCGACUCUCAUCACCGACUUGAAGAUUAAUUUGACGGCGGUUGAUUCGCCGGUCGUCGUCUUCGGCGGCUCUUAUGGAGGAAUGCUGGCAGCAUGGUUUAGGUUGAAAUACCCUCACAUUAGCAUAGGAGCUGUAGCAUCAUCUGCUCCCAUCCUCCACUUUGAAAACAUCACUUCUCCUUAUGCCUUCAACAAUGUCAUCACCCAAGAUUUCAAGAGUGAGAGCCAGAAUUGCUACACAGUGAUUAAAGAUUCAUGGCAGCAGAUUGAAAUUGCAGCAAAUAAACCAGGAGGCCCCGAGAUGCUUCGCAACUCAUUCAAAUUUUGCAAACAGGCUGACUCUGAAACGAUUAAAAGUUGGCUGUAUACUGCAAUUUUAUACACGGCGAUGACAGAUUAUCCGACGGCCGGGAAUUUUUUAAAUCCGCUGCCAGCUUAUCCAGUUAAACAGAUGUGCAAGGCGAUUGACGAUCCGACGGCUGGGAACGACACAUUUGCGAAGUUGUAUGGUGCGGCUAACGUCUACUAUAACUACAGUGGGACUGCCACGUGUUUUGAUCUUGACGAUGACUCGGAUCCUCACGAUCUUGGAGAUUGGACUUGGCAGGCGUGUACGGAAAUGAUAUUACCAACCGGAGGGAACACGAAGGACAGCAUAUUUCCAGCUUCAAAAUGGAGCUAUGGAGAUCGACUCAGUUUCUGUAAACGCUUAUUUGGCGUGGAGCCUCGCCGUACUUGGAUCACCACACACUUUGGAGGCCAUAAGAUUGAGAGAGUUUUGAAGAGGUUUGGAAGCAACAUAAUCUUCUUCAAUGGCUUGAGAGAUCCUUGGAGUGCAGGAGGGGUCCUGAAAAACAUAUCCUCAAGCAUAAUAGCUAUAGUAGCAAAAGAAGGGGCUCAUCACGUAGACUUGAGAUUCUCAACUCCUGAAGACCCAAAAUGGCUGAAAGAUGUGAGAAAGCAGCAGCUCAACAUCAUUCAGGAUUGGCUUUCCCAAUAUUACCAAGAUUUGGCCCAAAACUAAACCCACUCUCACUUUGGCCUAUUAAACUCAUAACCCCCCAUCCCCUACUUUCAUUAUAUAUGUUUCAUAUAUAUAUUUUGACACGGGUAUAGUUCAAUCGGUCAAAAUAUUGUUUAUCUUUUCAAAGACCGUACGAUUCCGAAUCUACACACCCCUUAUACUUUUAUAUACCAAUCGUUUGCCUCCA